AUGAGUCUAUCACGCACAGUAAUCACAAUCAUCGCCCUGGCCUUGGCCGCCACUUCAGUCGAAGCAAUGUCAAGUCGACAAACCUGCAAGUACCGUGGCAAUGUGUAUUUGGACAAUGAACGCGUGGUGGGGUCGACACUCACGUGCACAUGCAGUGGGGAACGAUGGGUGAAUUGCCAGGCAAACGUAGUCGCAGAUAGUCUAGAGCACGUAGUCGCAGACAGUCCAGAGUAUGACAUGAGCAUUGGUUCUGUGCCUUCAACCAAGGAAAGCAUUAGGGAUGUCGCAGGAGUCGAAGGUGCCAUCAGCGGGUUGAUCGGUGCCCAAGUUGGCUUCGACGCAUUCCUGAACAACUUCGACGCCGAAGACUUUGUGAUCGACUUCGCUACCCAACCCUUGGAGUCAACGGGACUAGGCGGCACAUCUCAGCCUGCGAACAGAAACAAUGUCCCUGUGAUCCAGGCUUCCAACAUGGCCCAGACUCGAUUCCGCAUCGCACCAUGCGGUAUUAACCUACCCCACGUCCACCCCAGGGGAACUGAGUCUGUCUACAUAAUUGAGGGGGCACUCACUGUUGGCUUCGUCACCGAAGGCGGACGCUUAAUAUUGAACGAUGUGAAGACCGACCAGUCCACCUUCUUCCCCCAAGGAUUGCUGCACUACCAACAAAACAUGGCAUGUGAACCUGCAGGUUUCAUCUCCAUCCUUAACAGUUCAGAUCCAGGGCUACUGGUUAUCCCUGCAGCUUUGGCUGAACUACCCAGUGAGGCACUAGAGGCAACAUUUGAUGAAGACGCUGCGUUUGUCAAUCAGCUGCGAAUAGGUCUGCCAGCCGGCCCGGCCCGUGGACGUGCCGAGUGUCUCAGACGUUGUGGCCUUCUAUAG